UCUGCCAUUUUAUAUAUGAUGAAUAACGAACAAUUCGGCCAUAGUACCGCAUCGGCACAAUAUUUCCUACAGCUAGCCGGCUAUUUGGGUAUACCCGUCAUCUCAUGGAAUGCCGACAAUUCGGGCCUGGAACGCCGUGCCUCGCAGUCAACACUUCAACUUCAGUUAGCUCCAAGUAUAGAACAUCAAAGUGCCGCUAUGUUGAGCAUAUUAGAACGUUACAAAUGGCAUCAGUUUUCGGUUGUCACCUCGCAGAUUGCCGGCCAUGAUGACUUCGUGCAAGCGGUACGGGAGCGAGUUGCCGAAAUGCAAGAUCAUUUCAAAUUUACGAUACUCAAUGCAAUCGUUGUAACGCGUACUAGUGACUUGAUGGAACUUGUUAAUAGCGAGGCAAGAGUUAUGCUCCUCUAUGCCACGCAAAGUGAAGCAAUCACUAUUCUUAGAGCUGCUGAAGAGCUGAAGUUAACGGGAGAGAAUUAUGUGUGGGUGGUGAGUCAAUCGGUGAUUGAGAAGAAGGAUGCGCAUGCCCAGUUUCCGGUGGGUAUGUUGGGUGUGCAUUUUGAUACGAGCAGUGCAGCGUUAAUGAAUGAAAUAUCGAAUGCCAUUAAAAUUUAUGGUUAUGGUGUGGAGGCGUAUGUCUCGGAUCCAGCUAAUCAGGGGAAGAAGUUGAAUACUCAGGCUCUGUCGUGUGAAGAUGAUGGUCGUGGCCGGUGGGAUAAUGGAGAAUUAUUUUUCAAAUAUCUACGUAAUGUCUCCAUAGAAGGCGAUUUAAAUAAACCCAACAUUGAAUUCACAGCUGAUGGUGAUCUAAAAUCGGCAGAAUUGAAAAUUAUGAAUUUAAGACCAAGUGCAAAUAAUAAAAAUUUAGUAUGGGAAGAGAUCGGCGUCUGGAAAUCAUGGGAAGCCCAGAAACUAGAUAUACGUGAUAUCGCCUGGCCGGGUAAUUCACAUGCUCCACCACAGGGUGUACCCGAAAAAUUCCAUUUAAAAAUCACAUUUCUUGAAGAAGCACCCUAUAUCAAUUUAUCACCCGCCGACCCCGUUAGCGGUAAAUGUCUAAUGGAUCGUGGCGUUCUCUGCCGUGUGGCCGCUGAUCAUGAAAUGGCCGAUAUCGAUGUCGGUCAAGCGCAUCGUAACGAAUCAUUCUAUCAGUGCUGCAGCGGGUUCUGUAUCGAUCUAUUGGAGAAAUUUGCCGAAGAAUUGGGUUUUACAUACGAACUUGUACGGGUCGAAGAUGGUAAAUGGGGUACCCUCGAGAAUGGUAAAUGGAAUGGUGUCAUUGCUGAUUUGGUUAAUCGCAAAACCGAUAUGGUCCUAACAUCACUCAUGAUCAAUACGGAACGUGAGGCGGUGGUAGACUUCAGUGAGCCCUUUAUGGAGACGGGAAUUGCUAUAGUGGUGGCGAAACGUACGGGUAUUAUAUCGCCAACAGCUUUUUUAGAACCUUUUGAUACGGCCUCAUGGAUGCUGGUGGGCAUUGUCGCGAUACAAGCGGCCACAUUCAUGAUCUUCCUCUUCGAAUGGCUCUCACCAAGUGGCUAUGAUAUGAAAUUGUAUUUGCAAAAUACCAACGUUACACCCUAUAGAUUUUCGCUGUUCCGAACGUAUUGGUUGGUGUGGGCGGUGCUGUUCCAGGCUGCCGUACACGUGGAUUCGCCGCGUGGUUUUACCUCAAGAUUUAUGACAAAUGUAUGGGCUCUGUUUGCGGUGGUAUUUUUGGCCAUCUAUACUGCCAACUUGGCUGCCUUCAUGAUAACGAGAGAGGAGUUCCAUGAAUUCACUGGCCUAAACGACAGCCGUUUGGUUCAUCCAUAUUCACACAAGCCAUCCUUUAAAUAUGGCACAAUACCAUACAGCCACACAGAUUCCACCAUCAAUAAAUACUACAAGGAAAUGCACUACUACAUGAGACAAUACAACAAAUCCAGCGUAGCCGAUGGCGUGGCUGCUGUAUUGAAUGGCAACCUGGAUGCUUUCAUCUAUGAUGGCACAGUCCUGGACUAUUUGGUGGCACAGGAUGAGGAUUGUCGCCUAAUGACUGUGGGCAGCUGGUAUGCCAUGACAGGCUAUGGUCUGGCCUUCAGUCGCAACUCAAAAUACGUCCAAAUGUUCAAUAAACGUUUAUUGGAAUUUCGAGCGAACGGUGAUCUGGAACGUUUGCGACGCUAUUGGAUGACGGGGACAUGUCGACCGGGUAAACAAGAGCAUAAAUCAUCUGAUCCCCUGGCCUUGGAACAAUUCUUGUCAGCAUUUUUGUUAUUGAUGGCGGGUAUUUUGUUGGCAGCUUUAUUGCUGCUGCUCGAACAUGUCUACUUUAAGUAUAUACGAAAGAGGAUAGCGAAAAAGGAUGGUGGGCAUUGUUGUGCUUUAAUUUCACUGUCAAUGGGUAAAUCGUUGACAUUUCGUGGUGCCGUCUAUGAGGCAACGGAAAUCCUUAAAAAACAUCGUUGUAAUGAUCCAAUAUGUGAUACGCAUCUAUGGAAGGUGAAACAUGAAUUGGAUAUGACAAGGCUGCGGGUGCGUCAACUGGAAAAGGUGAUGGACAAGCAUGGUAUUAAGCCGCCACAAUUAAGACUUGCCUCCUCAUCGGAUUUACUGAACCAUCAUCAUCUGAAAGAACGACCCCCCUUGAUGGGGAAUUUGAGUUUAGCAGCCAGUGCCCAAGAUUUAUACAGGUGGUCAUAUAAAACGGAAAUAGCGGAAAUGGAAACAGUUCUCUAAGGAGUCAACAACUCAAAAGACCA